AUGGACCAAAGACAAAACUCACAGGUGAAACUGAAUCUGAUGAACCUUGGGAACAGACCAGGACAUACUCAGCCCAAACCUCAGGAGAGGGAACAGUGGGGCAGUAAGAUUGAGUUUAUCCUGGCUGUGGCUGGACACAUUGUUGGUUUGGGAAACGUCUGGAGGUUUCCAUAUCUGUGCUACAAAAAUGGAGGAGGGGUUUUCUUCAUACCUUAUGUUUUGUUUUUGUUCACCUGUGGCAUCCCGCUCUUCUUCCUGGAGACAUCUUUGGGCCAGUACACCAGUCAGGGUGGAAUAACAUGUUGGAGAAAAAUCUGCCCUCUUUUUGAAGGUUUAGGUUAUGGAAGCCAAGUGGUUGUUUUGUACACUGGGGUGUAUUACAUCAUCAUACUGGCCUGGACGUUUCUCUAUCUGUUUUCAUCCUUCAGCGCUGAGCUUCCAUGGGCGAGCUGUGACAACAGCUGGAACACAGAUGGCUGUUUCGAGCACGGUCACAAUCAAACAUCGUCUCUGCACCUGUAUGGAAAUAGCACAUCUUCGGUUGUAGAAUUUUGGGAGAGGAGAAUCUUGGGCCUCUCCAGUGGAAUUGAUGAAAUUGGCAACAUUCGUUGGGACUUGGCCCUUUGUCUUCUUCUUGCCUGGACGUUGUGUUACUUCUGUGUCUGGAAUGGAGUGAAGUCCACAGGAAAGGUGGUCUACUUCACUGCCACAUUUCCGUAUUUAAUGCUGGUGGUGCUGCUGGUUCGUGGUCUUACGCUACCGGGGGCAAAAGAAGGAAUCAUGUUCUACCUCUACCCAGACCCGUCCCGUCUCACUGACCCAGAGGUAUGGAUGGAUGCGGGCAGCCAAAUUUUCUACUCCUAUGGAGUCUGCACAGGUGUUCUGACAUCUUUAGGAAGUUACAACAAGUAUAGCAACAACUGCUACAGAGACUGUGUUUACCUGUGCCUGUUAAACAGUUUAACCAGUUUUGUAGCCGGCUUUGCCAUCUUUUCUGUGCUCGGUUUUAUGGCGAAGGAGCAAGGUGUGGAUAUAUCGAUGGUGGCUGAAUCAGGUCCAGGGUUGGCAUUUAUUGCUUAUCCUCGUGCUGUGGCUCUAAUGCCACUCCCCCAGCUCUGGGCUAUUUUCUUCUUCAUUAUGAUCAUCUUUUUAGGAUUAGAUAGUGAGUUUGUAUAUCAAGAGGCACUGGUCACAACCAUUGCGGACAUGUAUCCUGCCUUCUUUAGAAGCAAUUGUCGCCGUAAACUCCUCCUUCUCGCCAUUUCUGUUGGGAGUUUCUUUGUUGGCCUUCUGAUGGUCACAGAGGGUGGCCUUUAUAUUUUCCAACUGUUUGACUACUAUGCCUGCAGUGGGAUGACACUUCUGCUGUUUGCUGUUCUUCAGUCUGUCUGUAUCGGAUGGGUCUAUGGCGCAGACCGUCAGUAUGAUAAUAUAAAGGACAUGAUUGGAUAUCGACCAUGGCCUUUUAUGAAAUACUGCUGGCAGUACUUCACACCAGCCAUCUGUACUUUUACAUUUCUCUUCUCCUUGGUCAAAUAUACCCCACUCAAAUUCAACAACACUUAUGAAUAUCCCUGGUGGGGCUACACCAUCGGUGGAUUCUUCACUCUCUCUUCAACACUCCUGGUUCCUCUGUGGAUGCUGUAUGCUGUGAGCGUCACUCCAGGAACACUCAGUCAGAGACUGAAAGUUCUGUGCACUCCAGCAAAGGACCUACCCACUGCAGCAUUAAAGACAACAACAAAUAAAGACGCAUUUCAGACUUUCACAAGCUUGUACACACUGCGCUCGACAGAAACUCCUGACGAAAGAGGUCACAGAGCUCAGAGAUUAUCAAUUACCUAA